CCAGCAGUCCGAAGCUAGCGCCAAUAGGUAGCUAAACCAUGGAGGACAAUGAGAUAUCCCCUAGAGUUUGUUUGAACUGUCGAAGCGGAAAGAGGAAGUGCGAUAAAACCUUACCGGCAUGUUCUCGCUGUUCGAGAUUACAACUCCAUUGUAAAUAUUCACCACAGUCCUACGAACAUGCGUCAAGUCGAAUGGUAUGGUCUAUAGUUGCGGAUUAUACGCACCGCAUGUCGCGUAUUCGUACUUCCUAUACCAUCAUGCAACAAGAUGAUAGCUUUAUAACCACCUAUUUUUCAACGAUCCAUACUUGGCUACCUAUUAUCAAUAAAUCUCGAUUUCAGAGCCACAUUGAGAUACAUCCAUGUGACUCUAAGGAACUUCUACUGCUUAUGAGCAUGCACCUAAUUGUACAGCGACCCGACUCUCAGCCCGUGCGGGGCAUGAUGGACAAUGAGCAGUAUCGAGCCAUCAAGCAGCUCUAUUCCAACUUAUUUCUUGAGGCAGAAGGUAGCCCAUCAACCGAAAUUCUACAGAGUGGCGUACUUCUAGCUACAUAUGAGUAUGGCCAUGGCAUGGUGGAUACAGCUUGCCAUACGCUUAGUUUGUGCAUCUCCGCAGGCAUGGCUUCGGGACUACAUCGAUCUAGAGUACCGUCUGUUUCAGACCUGGAGAAUAUGGAGAGUACGUGGAGUUCAACUAAUGAAUUAAUCCGCACCUGGUGGGCCAUUGUUAUUAGUGAUAGGCUUUUUUGUCUAUCUUUCCCACCUGGGCAGCGUAUAGCAUUGACAAAGGUUCCAGAAGAUGACGUAGAUGACUUCCUUGAUAACUUUGCUAAUUCAGUUGAUGGGAAAAAAUACUCCUCUCCCAAUCAGAAAACCUCAAUUGCAAGGGCGUUUUAUAGUCAAAUUCAAACGUCGAUAUUGAUUGAACGAGUUAUCCGUUUUAUUAACAAAGCAGAUUCUUGUUUACAACCUAACAAUGCUCAGUUCAAGGUUCUUGAUUCCAAAAUACGACAGAUAAUUCAUGUCGCCCUCGAGGCGGAGACGACAAAACUCAACUCAAUUUCGGAGGCUCUUGCAGCCGGCAGAAAUGCUCUACUCCUAUUACAUCAAUGGUGUCUUGAUUCUUCAAUAUUUCCGGCCUACACCCAAGAAGCCACAGAAUCAAGAAUGGCCAUCGAGACUAUGACCAGGAUUAUGGUUGAAACCUGCCGCGAAUUUCUUCCGAAAAUAUACGCCGGGUGGUCCAAGUCUCAUCACCCUCAUGGUACUCAAUUAGUGUUUUUGGCUGCCUUGCAGCUAAGACGAUCUCACGCCACGACAAGCGGCCAGGGUAACCUGGGGAUAUUGAAGGAGAUGUUACAAAUCCAGUCUCGAAGAUGGCACAUAGCAGCGAAGAACCUCGAAGAAAUAAAACGAUUAGAAUCUGUAUGACCUAGUCAUUUCAGUUCCAUGCGAUUAUAUUGGUACAUGGCCAAGCAUACAUAUGUAGAAACAAGAAAUAGCAAAAUCCGUUAGGAUCAUCGACUAUAGUGAGGUAAGACGGGAAACAGAUAUCUUGGCUAUUCUACCUAUUCGUCGUUGGCGUUGCAGGCAGUGUGUCAGAGUUUUCUCGACGUGUUGAGAUCACGUCAAGUUAUCUUACUCAUUAUCCAAUAUUAACAUUACAACUCACUCGAUGAUACCAACCAGUUUAAAUUAUCGGUCA